AUGGGGUCCGAUCCAGGUACGGAGGCCGGUAAGGCGGCGACGCCCGCUGCGCCCCUUCGUCCGCUCAAGCUGCGCCUCAAGGUGGGCGGCGUGGUCGUCGACGUCUCUCGCGCCGCUUCCAGUGCGCCGCGCGGGGAGAGCGGGGGGUGCGGGGGGAGUAGUGCUGACAGCGGGAGCAGCCGCGAGGAGCGUAUCAAAUCCGAUGAGCGCACUGAUUCUGAUGAGCGUGUGAAAUCCGACGACGCGGAUAUUCGUCGCAAUUCAAAGGAGCAUAGACGCGCUAGAAAGGAAGGUUCGCGGAAGGAGGGAAGGAAGGAAGCGGAGGGCGGUUGGGAGAUGCAUACACCUCCGAUAGAAGAUCGGCGGACGGGCGCGCGGGGGGGAGAGCGGACGGGCGGGGGGGCGAGUGGGCGAUCAGAUGAGGGAAAGGAGAGGGGGGAGGAGCGGAAGAAGCAGGAGGAGCGGGAGGAACGGGAGAGGGGGGAGAAGCAGGAGGUUGAGGCAGCUGGUUUGGGCGCGGAGGUCGGAAGGCGGUCGAAUACGUUCCCGGCGCGCUUGAAGGACGGGGCUGGUGCGGGGAAGCGGGAGUCGAGGGAUAGGAGAGAGAGCGAGGGCGGGCGGGGAGAGGCGAUCAAGCCGAGGGAGGUUGAGAUGGAGCAGGUCGACGAUGAUCGGACGGUGGAGCGGGCGUCGCGGAGGGACGGUUUGGACGAGCGCGGUCGGUUGCAGCAGGCGCUGGAGAAGGCGCGGAAGGUGCUGUCGCAGAGCAAGCAGGAAGCACGUUCGAGCCCUAAGGAAGCUUCCCCGUCGCCUGCCUCGUCGCCCUCCUCCCCAGCGACACCUGGAGUCGCCGCCACCGAACUCGCAUCGCCAUCCACACCAUCAACGCCGUCGGCGCCAUCUGCGCCGCAGGUGGGCAGAGCCGCGAGCUUCAAGCGCCCCGCGCCCCUCCGCAGAGCAGCGCCAGUGCAUGGGGACUCGCGGGGCGGGGAGAGAACGGAGAGGGGUCGUGCGGAGGGCGAUCGCGAGGGCGAUGAGGGGCGGGGCAGGGGACGGGCGGGGGACGAGGAGGAGGAAGGAGGGAAGAGGAAGAGGCAUGGGAGCGAGGAGAGGGGAGCGAGAGAGGGGUGUGAGUAUGAGAGGGGGGACGAGAAACGACACAAGGGGAGGGAUGAGAGCAGAGGCGAGGUCACAGAGUAUGACAGAGAGAGAGGCAGCGAGCAUCACCGUGAGUACGAUCGGCACAGCCACAGCCACCGCCACACUCACAGUCACAGCCACAGUGACAGAGACCGCCGUAACGAGCAGCCCAGGCAGCAGAGGCAGGGCGGUCGCAACCGAGGCCGGGGCGCAGUGCAGGAGAGCAGCAGCCCAGGCAGUGCAGGUGGUGCAGCAGGGCAGCAGCAGCACCGCGUGUUUGUGGGCGACCUGGACCCCGCCACCUCUGCUGCCAAGCUCUCUGAGGCGUUCUCACGGUUUGGAGCGGUGGUGCACGCGCGCAUGGUGGAGCUGCAGAGCUACGGGUUCGUGGGGUUCAAGCACCGCGCCGAGGCCGAGGCUGCUAUCGCUGCUGGGGAGGAUGGCCGGUCAACCAUCGUUGUCAGGGGCCGAAGGGUGCGGGUCUCGUGGGCACAUGGUUCUCUGCCAGAAUGGAAGAAGGGUGUUGGGGGGUUCUCCUUUGCGGAAGGUUCCUCAAAGCUGCAGAAUGGCCGCAUGAAGAUGCUGGCAGCUACAGCAGCAGCCAGCGCUACAGCCAUGGCAGUGCUGUCCGGUGCUGCCCCUGUCCCCAUGCUUGCGGGCCCUGCUCCUAUGGGUCACAUGGGCUUUCACCAUCAGAUGGAGCCACAUGGAAAUGAGCACUUCAAGCAGGAAGCUCAUUUGGGGACAGGAGGAAAUGCAUGGCGUACUGCAGAUGCUGGCGUUGGUGCUGCAGCUGGUGGUAGCACUAAUGACGCCAUGGCUGACGAUAUCCCUCUGAAAGAUCAGCUAGAUAUUGUCAUUCCUACCAUUCGCAACCUCGAUUUCCUCGAGAUGUGGCGUCCUUUUUUCGAGCCAUACCAUCUAAUCAUAGUCCAGGAUGGAGAUCCAACCAAGGUCAUCAAGGUUGCCAAAGAUCCGUCAGGGAAGGACAUCAACGCGCUUCAACAGCACAUUAAGAACCUGCUGAGCCCGUCCACGCCUUACUUCUUCAACACGCUGUACGAUCCGUACAGAGAGGGGGCUGACUUCGUCCGCGGCUACCCAUUCAGCCUAAGGGAAGGAGUUUCGACGGCGGUGUCGCACGGCUUGUGGCUCAACAUCCCUGACUACGACGCACCCACGCAGCUCGUCAAGCCAAGCGAGAGGAAUUCGAGAUACGUCGAUGCGGUGAUGACUAUCCCCAAAGGAACUCUCUUCCCGAUGUGCGGAAUGAAUCUGGCGUUCGACCGGGAGCUCAUCGGGCCAGCCAUGUACUUCGGGCUCAUGGGCGAUGGGCAGCCGAUCGGACGUUACGAUGACAUGUGGGCGGGCUGGUGCAUCAAGGUGAUAUGUGACCAUUUGGGCCUUGGAGUGAAGACAGGACUGCCAUACAUCUGGCACAGCAAAGCCAGCAAUCCGUUCGUCAACCUGAAGAAGGAGUACAAGGGUAUCUUCUGGCAGGAAGAUAUCAUCCCAUUCUUCCAACAAGUAAAGCUUUCUAAGGAGGCAACAACAGUGGAGCAAUGCUAUCUGGAACUUGCUAAGCAAGUGAAAGACAAGCUCUCCUCGCUGGACCCUUACUUCACCAAGCUAGCGGAUGCUAUGGUGACAUGGAUUGAGGCCUGGACUGAGCUGAACGCAAAGGCUCCUGCCUCUAGUGCUUCUCCUGCCAAAGCAAAGCAAGCUGCCAAGUAG